AUGGGAACUCCUGGAUCAGGACGGAAGAGAACGCCAGUGAAAGACAGGUUUUCUGCCGAAGAUGAAGCUCUGAGUAACAUUGCCAGAGAGGCAGAAGCCAGGCUUGCAGCCAAACGGGCAGCUCGAGCAGAAGCAAGAGAUAUACGUAUGAGAGAGCUGGAACGACAGCAAAAAGAGGAAGAUUCAGAGAGGGCCAGGUAUUCUCACCGGUCCAGUCGACAUUCAUACUUGGUUUCAGAUGAUGCUUUAAGUCUUCCAAGUGUUAGCAGUUUUAGAAGUCAUGUUUACAGUGAAUCUCAUAGUUCAAAGAAGAAAGCUGCUUAUUCCCAUAAAGAUUUAUUGGCGUCUUUGUGUCGUGAUGGAUUACAUAGCUCAUAUAGUUCUCGCACUCUGGAAGAAAAGAGUGAAAAAUCACAUUCAGAAAUAUUUUCAAGGCCAUCAUCUCGCAAUUCAAUAAGUGCAACUCCUCUGAGUGGCAACUCCUCUAGGAGGGGAAGUGGAGACACGAGCAGUUUGGUGGAUCCUGAUGCCUCCCUCAGUGAAUUACGGGAUUCGCUAGCUGAAGUUGAAGAGAAGUACAAGAAAGCUAUGGUUUCCAAUGCUCAACUAGACAAUGAGAAAAACAACUUGGUUUACCAAGUGGAUACUCUAAAGGAUGUCAUUGAGGAGAAAGAAGAACAGAUAGCAGAGUUCUAUAGGGAGAAUGAAGAGAAGUCAAAGGAGUUGGAAAGACAGAAACACACAUGCAGUGUUCUGCAGCAUAAGCUGGAGGAACUUAAAGAGGGCCUUCGACAGAGAGAUGAAUUGAUAGAGGAGAAUCAACGCAUGCAGCAGAAUAUAGACUCCAUAACCAAAGAGGUGUUUGAUCUCCAGGAGACAAUUAAUUGGAAAGAUAAAAAAAUAGGGAAACAUGGAUUAGUUAUUAUUCCAGAUGGCACACCGAAUGGUGAUGUAAACCAUGAAUCAGUGGUUGGUGCAAUAACAGUUGUAUCACAGGAAGCUGCUCAAGUCUUGGAAUCUGCAGGAGAAGGACCACUAGAUGUCCGGCUACGAAAACUGGCUGGAGAAAAGGAAGAACUAUUGUCCCAGGUUAGAAAACUGAAGAUGCAGUUGGAAGAAGAACGACAGAAAUAUUCUAAAAGUGAUGGCAUGAAUCCAGAUAUCAUAGGCAUAGAGAAUGGUUCUGACUUGCAGCUGAUUGAAAUGCAGAGAGAUGCCAACAGGCAAAUUAGUGAAUACAAAUUUAAGCUUUCAAAAGCUGAACAAGAUAUAACUACCUUGGAACAAAAUAUUGGACGACUUGAGGGGCAGGUUGCAAGGUAUAAAAAUGCAGCAGAAAAUGCAGAAAAAGUAGAAGAUGAACUCAAAGCUGAAAAGAGGAGGCUUCAGCGAGAGUUAAGAACAGCACUGGAUAAGAUAGAAGAGAUGGAGAUGACCAAUAGCCACUUAAUGAAAAGGCUGGAGAAGAUGAAGGCAAAUAGGACUGCGCUUUUAUCUCAACAGUGAAGUGGAAAUUGCAAAUAUGAUGCACUGCUCCUUGAAUAACUAGCCCCUAGCUUGUUUUUUAAAUACAGACUUUCAUUGGCACAAACUAUUUGAACACAGCUGUUCAUUGGUGUGUUAGUUUCAUAAUUAAAUGGCAUACUUCUGUUUUGUAACUUAUGAGAGAAUGAAAUGUAAUUUGAAUUCCCAUGUGAAUGACAGCAGUUUUUCUGUAGCGUUUGAUUCUAGAGUCAGAGCUGGAGCACAAUGCUGUAUUUUCAACUUAGUAAUAGAAAAUGUUUUUACAACGGUGGAAUCAAGUUUACUCACAAUCUCUUUGGCUGCUUUAAUGAUGCUUGAUGCUCAGAGACAACUGCAUGAAUUCAAGACAACACUGUAUUACUGUAUUAUAAACUAACAUAUAUUUGCUCAAGACAUCACACAGCACAAGUGCCUUUUAUCUGGUGCAAUUUAGACUUCAUUGUUGAAAUAACCUUUGAAAUCAGAUAACAUUUUAUUUUAAGAUACAUUUGGGGUAUUCACUAAACUUUAUACAUUUUGAAAAUACAUUUUUGUAAAAUAUUUAAAUUUAUAAGAAAAAAAAUAGGGACUGUAUAUAAAAACCUGCUUUUUUGCAUGGGCAUAUCUGAGUUCUAGGCAAUUUUGUUAAAUACUAGCCCCUGAUACUCUUAGUAUUAAAGAGUGCGGAUUUAAAAACUUCUG